GGGAUUAAGGCUCCAAUGGCAGCAACACCAUACAAAACACCUUUAACAGAUAUGUUUGCACAAUUCAACACGUGAAAAGGAGUAGGAAGAAGCAAUGUUUAUACCUCUGGGGAUGGCAACUUGAAUUACUGUCACAAUACGAAGAGACGCCGCCCAUCAGAAGACCUCUGGAGAUGGCUCCCCAGGACCCCAGUGCCACGGUGGUCAGGGAAGAAGACGACAGGCCGACUGCAAACAAGACGCCUUCUGAGGUGGAUGACGGAUGUGAGGAGGAACAGCGAGGCAGCGUGCAGCAGAUGGAGGAGAAGUCGUUUGUAUCGAGUCUGCAUUCCUUCAUGAAGAAAAGAGGCUCGCCCAUUGAAAGGAUCCCACAUUUGGGCUUCAAACAAAUCAACCUGUGGAUGAUCUACAAGGCAGUUGAGACACUAGGUGGCUACAAUUCAGUGACGGCACGGCGCCUGUGGAAGAAAGUGUACGAUGAGCUGGGCGGGAGUCCUGGUAGCACCAGUGCGGCUACGUGCACCCGCAGACACUACGAGAGGCUGGUGUUGCCCUUUGAAAGACACCUGAAAGGAGAAGAUGACAAACCUCUGCUUCUCAGCAAACCAAGGAAGCCUUAUAAGAGGAAUUCGGAAGGGAAGACGAACAAAGCGGAGUGGAAGGGGAAAAGAAACCUGGCUGACGGAGGAAACGAUUGUGAGAGGAUUCCAGAGGCCGCCAGUCAUCCUCAUCAGUCUAAUCCCUGGCCGGGUGCCGCCGAAAGACACCAUUUGGACUCAUCCCAGCCAGACCGGGCCCUGACCUCUUACACGUUUCCCCGCCUGGUGCAUGGCCCUCCGGCGACCCCCUGGCCCGCGAACUUGUCAUCAGCGGCCGGAGAGGUCAUCUCUCCUCUGGAGAAAAAGAAGCGAGUAGCUCAGGCCAGCCUUCAAGGGACUCCACAGGGCGAGGACAGAGAGGAGAGAGACCGGCCUUCUGUCAUCCGCUGCUCCCCGUCCUCUUCCGGCCACAAGUGCAUCUCCUCCGAUGGCUCGCCCUACCCUCCGUCCUCCUCCUCGUCCUCCCGGAGCGCCUCCCCGUGCUCCGUCUCGUCGGAGGAUACCCCUGCAGGCGGUGAACGCCAACCUGACUUGACCUCCUUCAGCACACUCAACCGAAGCGAGGACGCGGCAGGAGAGAACAGAAGCAGAGCUCCUCUCAGCCCUCAAAAAGUCAAAGCUUACAUUAAAGACCGGAAGACAAAAAGAGGCGAUAUCAACCUCAUGCAUCCUUUUUACUCGUCUAUCAAAGUUCCAUCCGACCCGGGUUUCGUCAAAGUUCUUCCGAAGUCGACGCAACUCGCACGGCCCGCCCCUAUCCGACCGGGUUACGGAAGCCAACAGGCCACUUUGACGCAUCUGAAACACAUCCCUCAGCAUCCGUGGCUCUAUCAGACUGAGAAGCGGGACGCGCUCAGGCCGCCGCCUGCAAAGGUUCCUGCCGCCCAGCAGAUGCUAGCCCGCUCCGCCCACUCCACCUGUACGCCACCCCUUUUUGACAAAUCAGACUCUCAUCAGCAGACAACGCUGCACCAGCGAGCCUUCCUCCCCAGGGUGAGAAUACCUCAGUCCCAGCUCAUGUACCGCCAUGUUCCUGGCAGCGCGUCUCCUUCCGCUCUCAUUUAUUCAUACCCAUAUUCCAUCCCUCUGUGGGGGCCCCACGCUGCAUAUGCCCUCCCCACUAUGGGUACAUUUUACACUCACAAACUGUGAUUCUUUACAUUUUGCCUCCGGGCAGAUGAAUUUUUAUGCAAUAUUUUUCCUUUUUUUUAAGUAGUGUACUAUGUGAAUGCUAAACAUGCAUACCUAAAUUCAUCAGCAUAAGAGGACACAACGAGGAUAAAUCUAACUACACUGCAAAAACUGAAAUCUAAGUAAGAUUAAAUAUUUUAAAUAAGGGUGAUAUUUGCUUAUUUUCUAUCUGAUAAGAUAAUUCUUCUCACUAAGCAGAUUUUAUGUUAGAGUGUUUUACUUGUUUUAAGGGUUUUGGUCCUAAAUUAUCUCAGUAAGAUAUUACAGCUUGUAGCUGAGAUUUGAUGACCUAUAUUGAGUAAAACAUGCUUGAAACUACA